UGGGGCAGACGGAUUUAUUUCCACAGCUGAGUGUAGCACCUCUCCUCUUAGGUUCAGAGUGGUUCUUGGCUUGACACUUGGGUAGUGGGGUAAACAGAAUAAAGUGAGUCCAGAAGGUGGACUGUUGACAUGGAUGCCCUCGCACUUGAGGCUGCUAUUGGUAAAAAGCCGGCUAACGGGGCAGUGGCUGCACCGGUACUGGCCCCGGCGCCGGUCAAACGCAAACCUGCUAAAAAAGCUAAAAAGGCUGUUGUUUUCUUUGAGGUGGAGAUACUUGAUGCCAAGACCAAGGACAAGCUCUGCUUCUUGGACAAGGUGGAACCAAAUGCCACCAUUGGGGAGAUCAAGUCCAUGUUCCACAAGAGCCAUCCUCAGUGGUACCCAGCCAGACAAUCCAUUCGUCUGGACCCGAAGGGGAAAUCUCUAAAGGAUGAAGAUGUUCUGCAACAGCUUCCAGUGGGAACCACAGCAACAUUUUAUUUCCGAGACCUGGGGGCUCAAAUAAGCUGGGUCACGGUCUUCCUGACAGAGUACACUGGACCUCUUGUCAUUUACCUGAUGUUCUACUUCAGGGUCCCCUUCAUCUAUGCUCCCAAAUAUGAUUUUACCACCAGUAAACACUGGGUCGUGCAUCUGGCCUGCAUGUGCCACUCUUUCCACUACGUCAAGAGACUGUUGGAGACACUGUUUGUCCAUCGCUUCUCUCAUGGAACCAUGCCACUACGCAACAUCUUUAAGAAUUGUACAUACUAUUGGGGCUUUGCAGCAUGGAUGGCGUAUUACAUCAAUCACCCGCUAUAUACGCCACCAAUUUAUGGAGAGCAACAGAUCAGACUGGGCCUCAUCUUAUUCCUAUUUGGUCAAAUUGGGAACUUUUCCAUCCACAUCGCACUGCGCAACCUCCGUCCGCCAGGCUCCAAGACCAGGAAGAUACCCUACCCAACAAAGAAUCCCUUCACCUGGAUCUUCCUACUGGUCUCCUGUCCCAACUACACUUAUGAGCUGGGCUCUUGGCUAGGCUUCAUGGUGAUGACUCAGUGUCUUCCUGUGGCCUUCUUCACUUUGGUGGGUUUCAUUCAGAUGACCGUUUGGGCCAAGGGAAAGCAUCGCAGCUACCUAAAGGAAUUCCGUGAUUACCCUCCUCUCCGAUCACCCAUCCUGCCCUUUGUCCUGUAGACGACCACUUUCAUCCAAAUCCGCUUCCGUUGAUCGUAGCAAACCUUCCUCUGUCUACCCAAAACUUAAGAGCAUCAACUCCUAUUGUUUCACCUUUAAUUCUACACUGGAGCUACACUGACUGAAAAACAUGCCUGACCCAAGUGAGGAUAAGUGGUGUGAAUGCUAUGUGAAAUUUUAUAACACAUUGCUGGGUUUUUUUUCAUAUGCAAACACUAAAUAAGCCAACUAAAUUUACUGGGUCAUUGAAAUAAUUCUGACCUAGAUACAGGUCUGAUUUAGGUGUUGAUGUUCAUAAAAUGUAUGAAUUGUUAUUCACAUCCAUUCAUCUGAAUGAAUAAUUUAUUAAUAAAAAGCAGGGUUGGAAAGUAAUGAGUUACAUUUAUUCACAUUACCAUAAUUAAAUACAGUAGUUGGUGGCACUUUUUAGAUUUUUUCAUGAAUUUUACUUUUAAUUAAAAAGUUGAAUAUUUUUGUAAUUCAUGUACUCAAAUAUAUUUUUAAAAGCUUGUGUUCCGUAAGUUCAAAAUGAACUAUGACUGCCUGGCUCCCUCUACUGGCUCUCGUGGAAACUAGAGGCAACAAUAGGUCCGCAACUAAUUAAUGCAAUUAAUCAGACCUGAAACAAAAAAAUUGAAACAGGUUGCCAUUUUGGUUUCAAAUUAAAUUAAUCAGUCCUAAGAAGUUACCAGUUUUCAGAUCAACAAAAUGACAACAGUGGCCAAAUUUUUGCACUUAAGUAAUUUUGUUUUGCUGCAUAUUCCACAUCUUCCGUUAGUCCAGUACUUCUCAAAGUACCCCAGGGGGGCGCAGAACGAUACCGGGGGUGGCGCAUGUGAGCUCAGGGAACAUACUUUUGCACAUCCACUCAGUGGGUGACAGUGGUGCUCUUAUUUUCAGAGUGUGCGCAGUAUUUUUGAACCAAGCAAGAGCAAAGAGCCAUGAAAAGCUGUGCGCUGUUUUCCGGCCGCCGAACACUGGGCUCACGCGACGACCCGCUGUCUUCUCCGGUUCUCACGUGACGCCUGUCCGCCUAAGAAGUGCCAUUUUCAGCUUGGCAUCGUCAUGACGACCGCCCUCACCUGUGGUUCUCCCCCGGCCGCCAAGAAUGCGCUGUUUUCGAGCUGUUUGGCUUUGACUUUUAAUACAGAGGGAGAGGGGGAAAGACCACUCUAUUUACUGUGUCUAAAAAUGUUUGUAGCGAACAGCGGGAAGCCAAAUCAAUUAAAUACGUUAGACUCCAAUUUCAUUGAUAAGCCGCUUGACUGUUUUUCAGCUAAAACGUCCUGAAUAUUGCCAACAAUUGUCCCGCUUUGUCAGUGGUACAUCAGUAAACCAGUAAGCACUGUUAGCAUGCCCAGUGCAAAAUAACCCCACAUCAUUGCAAACAUUGCAAAGGAGCUGAUACUGUGAGCAGCAAAAAUAAAAACUGUCCCUCGGUCCAAUGACACGGUCAUUUUUCUUCUAUUCAUUUUUGUUUUUUUGGUCACAUUUUUGGGCAUAUUGUCCUCAUGCGUUAAUGAUGCAAAUCAAUUUUAAUUUAUUAUUAUUUAUUGAUUUAAUUACAUUCUCAGUAUCGAAUGGUCAAAUAUGUGUGUCAG